UUCGAACGUAUUAGCAUUUUUAGCUUUGCACUUCGGGAAAUGAAGGAAAUAUUGUUUGAUGUGUUUUUAUGCUUGUAGUUCUAUUGCAAUGUCAUUUUUAUACUUAAAUAAAACUCUUCGUGUCAUUCUUGUAAUGUAAAUUUAUAUAAAAUUGGUUUAUACUUUAAGUUCUGGGAUAACCUCUGAUGAGUUUUUACAAUAUGAACCCGCAAGUUUGUACGAAUUGCCGCAAUGAAAAGCCUGUAAAUGCGACUGAUAACCGGCUGGUAACAGAGAGUUGUGGUCAUGUGAAAUGUAUGAACUGUUUACUGCAUGAGAAGACUGGGUGCCAAGCUUGCCUUAGUGAGAAAUCGAGUCUUAGGGUUGAUGAAGCUUUGAACGAGAGUUUAGACGAGGAAUUUGCGGAGGAUAGUCCGCCACCAGAGACUGACAACUGCUAUGAUUUACUGGAUAAGGAGAUACAGGGUGAGAUCUAUGAUGAGUUCUGCAAGAAAAAGAAACUGGAAACAUCACACAUUAAAGUGGAAACUGAUGCAAAUGGCAAAACAUUUGUAUGUAUGGUGUGCAAGAAGAAGUUCCAUGCUCCUAGUCAAGUAGCUUACCAUGCUUACUGCAAUGGGCAGCGGAAACCGUACCAAUGUCCAGAAUGCAACAAGACGUUUGCAACCAUGUCGCAUUACAAGUACCACAUGCGGGUACACCGCAAUGAGCGCACGUACUCUUGUGAUGUUUGUGGCGAGGGAUUCUUUCAGAUGUCCAAGUUGCAGAGACAUAAGUUGAAGCAUACUAAGGAAAAGAAAUUUGCGUGCAACGAAUGCAACAAGGCGUUCAACAACCUCUCGUCUUUACGUAAACAUGGCCUCACGCACACGGACGAGCGCCCGUUCUCCUGCCCCACCUGCGGGACCCGGUUCCGAGAUAGUUCCAAUCUGAGGAAACAUAAUAUACGGAAACACGAAAGGAAGUGCGCUUGCGGCGGGUGGGGCGGGUGCGUGCGCGCGGGCGCCUCGCGCCGCACCUACCAGUGUCCGCGCUGUCCGCGCGCCUUCCACUCCGGGAAGGACAUGCGACGACACGCCGCCGUCCAUACAGAUUCCAAACCCUUCCGCUGUAAAGUGUGUAGCCGCCGCUUCAGAAGGAAAGACAACCUCGAGCGCCACAUCCGCAACACACACCCGGAGUACGUGCCUGCAACCGCGGUGGAUUGCGACGAGACCAUCCUCAAGCAGAUCCAAGCCAACGGACACACCACUAAACUUGAUGACUACCAAAAGGACGAGAAGUUUAAACUAGAGAUUAUGAACCCACUGCCACCUCUACCAGAGGAACUGAUGCAGAAACAUAUGCAUGAGACCGACAAGAAGCAAGAAAAUGCUGAUGAAGAUAAUAAGAUAGAUAAGUCGUACAUUUUGGUCGCUAACAAUGCGCGGCAGAGUGUGAUCGUUGGCAAUAAAACUGCUAAUGUAGAAAAAACCGUUGCAAAUUCCCCUGAACAUUGCGAGUAUGUACAUAAAAUCAGAAAAGCUUCCAUUAUACCUCUACCUCCGAUAGAUGUGCGGAAGAUGAUAGAAUUGGAGGAACAAACUAAUUUAAAUAACUUGGAUCUGGGUGCUCCGCCUAAGGAUAAGAAGACGUUGUACGAGAAGAUUUUGUAUGGAGAUAGAGAUAAGAAAGAUAGUGAGGAGCCGAGCGUUGAUUCAGGGCCUGAAGUGCAUUGGAGAAGGAAGUUGAAGCAAUCCGUUUCUAUAGAUAUAUAAUGAAGGCUGAGUCGAAGCAGGGUUGGCGGGAAAGGCAGUUACGGUGGUAUACAACAAUUUUAUAUGUAUUUAAUGCAUAUUAAGAUAUAUUUCAUGACCAUAAGGACAUUUUAUCCAUAGAGUUCUUUCCAUGUAUUAGUACCGAGUUACUUUUUUUAAUUUUUUGAGUAACUCACAGUAAGUUUGAGCGAUAAACAAACUUAUUCAUGUUUUAAUGUCUCUGUAAUUAUCUUUAGCACUAAAAUUCGAGGUUAAAUACUUUUUCACAUUUAUUUUUGAAACACAUUUAGUGUUUGCAAUUGUUUAAUGGUUCUAUUCUGAAUGGCAUGCAGUCAAUGUUACUAAUACUAGUUUAUAAGUGCGUCCAAGACGCGUUAGGUUAAGUAACACUACAAUACAUAUUAUUUGCUAUAGUUAUUAUAUUAUCCGUAUAUAUAUGAAAUCAGAUUUUAACAAGUUAUACAAAACUGUUUUAUAUUGAAAUUAUUAUGAAUUGGUAUUGUACGAUAGAGGACCAAAUAAAUAUUGUUUUUUUUUAUGUUUGAUCUCGAUAGUGGUUUUAAUAAUGAUUCGUUUUUAAAGGAAAUGUUGGGCUGAAUAAAUGGGGCAAGAGACUGAUUGUAAUGUGGGUAGAAAGUAAGAAUGUUUCCAAUUUUGCAUAUAAAACUGACGAAAAAUCUUGAAAUAAUACUUUUUUAUUGGAAAUAUAAGUAAUAACUUGUGCAAUUAAAAUUUUGUUUUAAUUUAAUAAUAUCAAAAAUGCUCAUAUUUUUAUAUUGGUCUGCCAAAACUGUAUUUAUGUGAUAAAAAUCUGUUAUUUUGAGUCUGGAACUUUGAACAAAAUAUAAAUAAAUGAAAUAUAUAAUAUUAGUUAUUAAAAUGUCGACUGAAGAUCAUGAUCUCUGAUGUAAGUUGAUCUCACGUAUUUUAAGUUGAUGUUUAACAUUUAUUGUGAGGUACCAUGUUGCAUAAACUCGUUCACUUCACCCUACCGUUUAAAAAAAACAAUAAACAUGGCGGCUUCGAAUUUACCGCCAAAAAGUUUAAACAAGUAAAACAAUGUCUACAAUAUUAAUAAUAUAAAAACGAAACUAAGGUUGUGAUGUAUGCUUCAUACAUACUUUUCACUAGCAAUAAUAAUUAAGUAACACUUAUCAGAUAAUUGCAUUAUUGAUUUGGUAAUACUCAAUGUUUAUACUAACUAUCGUGAGACAUACUAAAUUAACUAAAAAUCGCGCAGCCUACGACAUCGAUGUAGGCUGUGCGAAAUCGCUGCGAAUACGCACGCUGCUCAUGAGGCAGAGCCCUCUGUGGCUCGAAACUAGUAGAGCUCUUCUCAGUAUAUUCACGUGAGUAACUCGCGAUUAUUAGUUAAUAUUCAAUUUUCUUGUAAAAGUGCAUUUUCUUGUUAAUUUUUAUAACCCAGUUUCUGGUUUUCGUAUUUUAAGGCAGUUGUAUAAAUCAAGCCUGUGAUCAACUAUUGUAUACUACAGGAAAUUUCUCGUAGAAUAGUUUAAUGUGUAAUAAAUUAUGUAAACAAUGUGUAGCUAGUGGUCAAACGUCGGCCCAUCAAGUAUAUAAAAAAAAAUUGCUAGAUAGGAAUAUAGGACACAAGUGGACGAGCCGCGUUACUAAGUACCAUAAUGUAAUAACGAGCCCUUUAGUCAUCCAUUAAUAUUAAACUGAUCGUCACUCUAACAUGGAAUGCGUAUUUUAUACUAUUCGUAUCUGUAUUUUGCUAUAUUUUAUAUAAAUAUUCCUAAUCUACGUGAAUUUAGAGACAAAUAAAUGCAUUGAAACGAUA